GUAGUUUUUAUCCCUCCCCUGAGCAGAUCUUUAUCAAUUUGGGUACUCCAGUCUUGGGGUGCGCUUGAAUGGGUGUCCGUGUGUGUAUAUGUGGCAGAGUUAACAGGAGGGCAGAGUAAAGGUGUGUCUAGAGGGCUUGUCUCGGCGCCCGUGGAGAAGGGGAACAGCUCGGUGUCCAGGAAAAAGCAACCUGCACAAAAGAAUUUCUGACUGACUGCGCUCUCACUGUGAUAACCUCCUGCCACUUUUCGACAUUCAAGAUCUGGCUGGACCGUGUGUGCAGCCUAAAUGACGAAGUGGAACUUGUUUAAGCAUCAGACAACGCCCAUGGUCGCUGCUAAGCCAACAGGGGCUAGUGCCUUGACUGUGACUCCAGCCCCCGUCGCAUUAGUCUCCGCGGACAACUCCACCGAACCAGUCAACAAGAACGAUGCCUUUGACGAGAUCAAAAACAAGUUCUUGAAUGAAAUCGACAAGAUCCCACUGCCGUCUUGGGCCAUCAUUGCCAUUGCUGUGGUCGCUGCUUUACUCAUUUUAACAUGCUGCUUCUGCAUCAUCAAGAAAUGCUGUUGCAAGAAGAAGAAGAACAAGAAGGGCAAGAAGGGGAAGGGUGACAUGGGAAUGAAGAACCUGAAAGGGGGAGAGAAACAACAGGAUGAUGAUGAUGAGGAGGAUGAUAUUGAGCCUGGACUGACUGGAGAUGAAAAAGAGGAAGAAGUGAAGGAGAAAGAAAAACUGGGGAAGCUUCAGUAUUCCAUCGAUUAUGACUUCCAGGAAAACAAGCUGACUGUAGGAAUCCUUCAAGCGGCUGACCUCCUGUCCAUGGACAGUGGUGGCACCUCUGACCCCUACGUCAAAGUCUUCGUCCUUCCUGACAAGAAAAAGAAGUUUGACACGAAGGUUCACAAGAAAACGCUCAACCCAGUAUUCAAUGAGACCUUUACCUUCAAGAUUCCAUUCCAGGAGAUGGGUGGGAAGACUUUGGUAAUGUCCGUCUAUGACUUUGAUCGCUUCUCCAAACAUGAUGUCAUUGGAGAGAUUAAAAUACCCAUGAACACUCUUGAUCUGGCAAAGCCAAUUGAGGAGUGGAGGGACCUUGACAGUGCCGACCAAGAAGAGCCAGAGAAGCUGGGUGACAUUUGCAUCUCUCUUCGUUAUGUCCCCACUGCUGGCAAGCUCACCAUCUGCAUUCUGGAGGCUAAGAACCUGAAGAAAAUGGACGUGGGUGGACUGUCAGAUCCCUAUGUGAAAAUUAACUUGCUGCAGAACGGGAAGAGGCUGAAGAAGAAGAAGACGACGGUGAAGAAGAACACUUUGAAUCCUUAUUACAAUGAGUCCUUCAGCUUUGAGAUUCCACUGGAGCAGAUGCAGAAAAUCCAAGCCGUGAUCACGGUGCUGGAUUAUGACAAGAUUGGCAAGAACGACGCCAUUGGGAAGAUCUGGGUGGGAAGCAAGGCCACAGGGGCCGGUCUGAAACACUGGUCCGACAUGCUGGCCAACCCCCGUCGCCCCAUCGCCCAGUGGCAUCCACUGCAGCCAGAGGAAGAGGUGGAUGCCGCCCUCGCAGCCCUGACUGCCAAGAAGUAAACUCCCACCAGAACACAUCGUCCCCACCUCCACCUCCCCAUGCAUCUCCCAUCAUCGCCCCCCCCCCCCCUUCCCCGGGUCCCACAUGUCAAUGUAUAUUCCAGAAGAACACCACAACUGAACAUCUGCUCCCCACCACCACCUGUCAAAAGAUCCAUAGGUAACAUUUGACAUGAUGGGAAAUAUAAUCCAAAAGAGCAUCAUGAAAUAUGAAAUCAUGUCAUUGAAAAAAGAAGACAAGUCACAGGAUGGACAGAUACUCCGUUGAUUUCCUUUAGAUCUAUUUUUGUAUUGGGGUUGUGGUUCCAUUAAUAAGAAUACAGAGUAGAAUAUGAAAAACAGUAGGAGCGCUAUAAGGGAAUCUGGUGAUAGAGGGGAUAAAACAUACAUUCACUCAUAUUGUACUUCUCACCCCUUCCCUUUAGUGACACGGUUUGCUUAGAAUAGUGCUUAAUAAUAAAUGCUUUAUACUGCCAUAUGAUAGAGAAAUAACACAAGCAGGUCCAUUCCUUAGGUGUGUUGUGCACCAUGUUCCUCACCUGCCAGUUAUCAUUCUAGACGAUUCUGUUAGUUUGAAGUACAUUCCUAGAGUUGGGUAGCAAGUAGGGAUAGGCACAUAUCCAGUUACCCUCAAACACACUGCCUUUUUUGAUUAGUUAACCUUCCACCCAUCGUCUCAGGAAAACUGAGAGGAAACUGAAACUCCAUGCCUUUUUUUCUAAACGGGUUGUUGUUGUUAUUCAGAUACUCCAUUCAAUGAGAAAGAUGUUGGGUUCAAAAUCUCAACCGCUUUUUUUUUUUUCCCAGUGACGUAAGGCUAGUUUAUCCAUGAAAUGGUACGUCAAAGGAGGGAGUGUUAGAAAAGAGGUAUUUCUAUAUUUUUGACAGCCACCUAAACAGAAAGUAAGGAAAUAUCACAGUGGGUACAACAAAGACUGAUUCCAACCUCCAAUGACAUGAUAUUUACAAGGUGUCGAUUACUGCCUGCAGUCUACCACCUCCCCUCCCAACGCCUCUGAUUCUAUAUCUCACUUGUUCAGUGCUACUGCCAUUAGUCAUGGACCUGACACAAGGGUUUUACUUCAACGGAAUCCCUAUAACCGUCUUACAGUCAUAAAGGAGACAAGCCUUCCAAGUAACAAAAUAAGCAAUUUUCAACUACCAGGGACGCCUUCCAGUUAGCGGUGUUGUUCUCUUCAUUUCUUCCUUUUUUUUUUACUGUUUUACUUGUAUUUAUCCAGUUUUCUUUUCUUUUAUUUCAUUUAACUCUUUUAUUCCUCAAGCACUUUAAAUCCAAAUGUUAUGUUUAAGUACCCUCAGAAAACAGAGCUUUAAUUAUUUAUGUUGCUGGUUUAGGUAGUGCAUUAUGUGAGCGGAUUUUUCAUUGUUGUUUUGUUUCUCCUCGGCUUUUUAUGUAUGCGUUCAGAUUGUUUGGAUCUUAUUUUUCUCACUUGAUUGCAAGGAUACGGUCUGGAAGAAGGCACUGAUCCAUGUGUAUUUUAUACACAGCUUACCAAACUGUUGAAUUUAAUUGCACUACUGGGUAUUAUUCUGUUUGAUCUGUGUAGUUUUUUGUGAUGAAAUGUUGUGAGAUUGAAUUUUUCUGUGGCACAUGUGGCAUGCCAGACAGGUCUCCUCGUAACAAUGGACUCUUCUGAUAAAAAAAAAAAAAAAAAAAACAGAGAGAGAUGUGUUUUAUUCUAAUGCUGCUCCUAGCUGCUCGACAGAAUGUAAUUGGUUUGGUUAUUUGUUACCUAAUAUUGUGAGUUCUAGAAAUUGUAGGAUGAACAUUGUUUCAAGAGGAAAGCAAAACUCUUAAGCGCUGAAUAAAUUGUUUAAAGUAUAAUUUAGAUCAAUUAAAAUUAGCACUGUAACUGCAAAAAAACACUUGAGUGUGUGCAAGAAAAUGAAGACAAUGAAGACAUUUAAUUGCAGUGAACCUUUUAAACAGCACCACAACUUUUUUGGACCUUGAAUGUUGUCAUUUUAUUUAUGUUUUUUUUGUUUGCUUUUUAUUCUAACAAGCAGAAACCAUGUUCAGAUGUUUAUUUUUCAUCUCACAUAAUCUAUUUUCCUCUGUUAAUGAAGCAACACUAAAGAAAAGGCAACAUGGAAGCAAUCAAGCAACCCAUCGGUGUGUAGUUUUGCCUAUAUACAUAGUUCAUACACGUUGAUACUGCAUGUUUAUACAAAAUACUGUACAUAAGAGCAUGUUUUAGAGACGAAGCAAAAAUAUCUCGUGUACGUAAAUGGGUGUCAUUUGUCAUUUUAAUAACACAAUGAAGGGAAAAACGAUGCACUGUAUAUUUUCUAAAUGAAACAAAUGUGUAUUUAUUUUCCAUGAGGGUCAUUGGAGUGAAUGUCAUACAAAUAUUAGAGUAAUAUUACUAAUAAGAACCUUUCCACGCCUGAAAUUCUUAAGCAAGUGUGUCGUCCAGUACUGUGUGUGAGUUCAUGUAGGAUGAAAAUGUAGCCGCAUGCUUGCUAUCUAACUCCUUGUGCUCCAGAGUUUUUUGUUUAAUUCUGCUGAUCCAUCAUGCAUUUUAUUUCAGCGCUUAUCGGAAGGCCAAUGUUUGACUUGUUUAAGUUUUGUCAUCAUCGCUUUAAAAACAAUGAUGUUUUGUUUGUUUUUUUAAAUAUUAGGGAAGGAGGGGUCUCCAAGUCUGUAAAGCGAACGUUUUGGCGUGCUAUUAUUCUGAAAUAUCAAAUCCGACAAGGAUUGAAUAAUUUUGCUAUCAGUAGGUGGACUGUAGGAGUCGUAAUUUGUGCCAGUUCUGACAAGAGGACUUAGAAAGAAUUCUGUUGGAUCAUAUUUUCAUGUGAAAUACAUUUUCCAGGGGCCAAAAUAAUCAAAUAAUCCCAUUCCAGUGAAUACAAACGACUUGGAAUCCCUUCAUCUCUCUCUCUCUCUCUCUCUCUCUCUCUCUCUCUCUCUCUCUCUCUCUCUCUCUGUUCCUUUAGUUGGACUUUUUUUAUUUUCCAGUUCUAUUUAAAUAACCUUAAACCCCUCACGGCUGUGUCUCUUUUACUGUGUUUAUAAUACAAUAUGUGUAUGUGUAUUCAAGAUAAAUGAAUAAGAUAAAACUAAAGCCAUAAAACUCAAGCACUAACUCUUUAGGAGCUCAGCUGAGUAGCUAGAGAUGAUUUAUGAAAAAAAUAUAUACAGUAUAUAUAGAUAUAUAUACAUAUAUAUACUACUGACAUGUGUUCAUUUCCUUCGGGCCAGUGUUUCUCUUUUACAUUCCGUUCAGAGGUCUGUGUUCAUCAGGAGGGCAACGUCCAUUUUAUUGUACAUGUGAGCAUUGAGAACAGUUGUGAGUUUAGUAGAAUGAGUGUGUGUUUUUCUACUUUCAAAGCUGUUGAUGUCCUUGUUUCAUAGAGGUAGCUGAUUUUACAGUAUUGUGAUUAGUAAAUGUAUAUGCCUUGUUUUGAUAGUAUGAACAAUAGAUAUAAUAUCACAAUAGGUUCUCAAUAAUACUGCUAAAAUUAUUAUUAUAUAUAGAUAUAGAUAUAUACACAAGAGUGUGUUCUAUUCUUGGGCUGAGUGCAAUUUACGAACUAAACUGGGUCACUCUUUGAAGUUUCUCGUGGAGCAGAAUGUACCAGUGACAUGUACAAUCAAUAACGCACUACCGGUGAUCUGUGGCUCACACUGGAUGGAGGCUUUUGCUGGUUUUGCUCAAGCUACAAAAUCAUAUCGUAAGAGAUGGUGAUGAAUUAAAGAAGCUUAGAGAAACUUUAAUGAGUGAUGGCCAUGUUUUAGGAAUGAAUCCCUCCCAUAGAACUAUGCAUAAAGAUAUGAUUUUCACAAACACAGUAUAUAAUAAUAAUAACAUACGUGAUUAUGUUUCACUCAGUUGCCAAAUUCUCUCUUAUUUAAGUGUUAAAACUGCCACUUCUCUUCUGACAAUUCUUAAUGUGGUGCGUGACGCCUCGGGCUUUUACGCAGCGCAUUAUCUGAUGCAAUAUUCUAACCCAAUCUCUUUUAAUCACUGUCCCAUCAAUGCUAUUGACUGUGACCAAAUAAUGCACUGAGAAUAAUUCAAACACAAGACUUCAGUGUGUUUUAGAAGUACUGCCAGAAACUUAUCACAGUUGCCUACACUCGUCAGCACUGUUUGAGUCUACAAAGCCAAAAUAAUAAAGUCACGCAAACAGAGGCAAACAGAACCAGCAGAUGAUGAGGCAAAUGUGAUCAUAAGUAAAUUUAUAGCACAUUCCACAUUUGUUUGGUUUUUUUUUUUCCUUUUCUUUGUUGUUUUGCAUCUUGGGUCACCUCAGUCACAUGACCACUGGACAUCGAGGUUCUAUGGGGGCAGAGACUGGGAGUUGUGUGUGCUUGUGUGUGCGGGUGAAAAAGAUGACGUACUAUAGGCCCUUUAGCAGACGGGGUGCAAAAACAUAGCACUAGAAUAUAAAACUCCAAUAAUACAGUACAGGUCUGUACGCAUGGGACACAUAACUCAUCGCUAAAUGUACAUCUGUGUGUGUAUGAGUGUAAUAAUGAAGCAUCUUAUUUCUGUUUUAAAUAUGAACCUGUCCUGUUGUAGGUUUGCUUUUCCAAUAGCUGUGUAGAUGUACAAUACCUUAUGCACAACUGCAACUGAAACUGUGCUGUUUCAGCUGUGCAGAGACAGUUUUAGAGCACUGUUCACACAGCUAUUUUUUUUUUUUUUUUGUAUUAUUGUUUAUUUGAUUUAACAAACACUGGGAUUUAAAAAGGGAAACCAUCCAAAGUUCAGUAAAUCAUUAACCGUGUUGUCAAAAUGCAUUGAAAAGCUUCUCAGCGGGUAAAGACACCACUUUGAAACAUGUUGUCUUGUCUCCUCUAUUACUCGCUGUAUUUCUUCUUUGUAUUCUUGUGCACAUGUGUAAUCACGCCUGCGGUCUUUUACUUUUUUGUGUUGUGAGCUUUUUAAUGUAGAAUGUAGGACUGUAUUGGUAAACAAUGUCAGAGACAUGUCAGAAACUCUUUGCUUUCUGUUUGUGUCCUUGUGUCUCAUCUCUAUGUAACCAGCUUUGUACCAUCAGUGUCAUUAUGCAGAAUAGGAAGCAGGCUCAUUGAAUUCUCCACUGAAUCUGCUUUUGCUGAGCGUAAAGAAUACCGGCCUUCAUGUUUACAACGUGGACAUACUGUAUACUGCCAAACAUGCAGGACCGUACCAAACCGUCCCUCUUGAGCGCUUAGUCCUCCACCUAUCUCAUCCCUGGUGCAACUGUAUUCUCAAGACUCUUUUUUUUUUUCUUCUUCUUCUUCUUUCCCACAUCUUUCUCUUCUUCAUCAUCUUUUAAAGCAUCGGAGGACAGUCAGGUUGUGUCCUCUAGCUGUGUUUCUUCGUGUCUAGUGUCGUGGUGCGCGUGUUCAUGUCAGUACUUGUGCCUACUGUGGAUCGCAUGCUUUAGCCCUUGACUGGACACAAACGUUGCUCACAAACUCCUCUUGACCCUUAUGUGGACAAACGUUGGGGAUCCUUAUAAAGUUAUCAAGGGAACCAAAUAACUUAUUACAAAUUUAUCAUAUGUGUUACAAGUUCUGUAAAAAAACAAAUAGGAAAUAAAGGCCUUUUAAUUACCAUGA